AUGGGCUGGAUAUAUUGGCUCUCGUCACCCACCUUGGCUAUAAUUGCCGUUGGUGGUCUCUUUCUCUUCUCAUGGCGGGUUUACACGUGGCAGAAGAAGAAUCGUCAGCAACCUCCUCCAGCAACCGAGCAAGCUAAAGUCUCGAUGAGCGAGGAAAUCCCUUCAUACAUUACAGCUUCAGAUAACGAUACCAUCCGCCGAGACCAAUGGGUUGGUCGGCUGGUAGAACACGUCUUCCGAGACCGGCACCAGCGUAACUACAACGUCUUGGUUAUCAACAACAGCCUUGAGUAUCACUUUAACAGCACCGAAAUAGCAGAAGACAAAGUCGUCCAAUAUAUGGACCCCAUAAACGGUUCUAUUCCAUUUCGAGUUCUCGUCUUCAAUGAAGGGCAGGUGGUCAACUUUGGUGAGGGAGGUUACGUCAACUGGCACUUCAUCGGCGGUUGGACUCGGCAUGGAGUUUCUUCAGUCACAUUCCACCCUCGAAAGCGAAGCGGGGAAUCCAAAUAG